ACCAACAUGGGGUCUUCAUGUAUUGCAGAGCUUCGUAGAGAGGCGAAACCUAAGUUUCACGUUGGCGGCGUGGAGCCUUAGGCUCUCCGGACCGUAUGUCGGCAUGGGCAAGCAAAGACGGUGGUCUUGCUCCCUCUAUUAUCAAAAUUGUGAUCAUGCUUCUCCCAACCUCCGGUUGAGUUAUGUCGGCUGAGGGUACUAUGUGGGCUGUCAGUUGGCAGAUCCGGGCUAUGAUGAUGAAUCGUGUGUCGAUGGAUUGAGCGGCGGUUGAUCGAAAUUUUCUGUGUCCAAGGGUGCCAAUUCUAUUUUAUAAACAAAGAUCGUGGAUUCCAUAAAAAAAAGUAUCCAUAUUCAUGUCCGGGUUAAAAUUGGGGAAACACCCGACGGCCAAUUUCUCCAUUCUUCUCCCUACACGAAUUUACUAGAGUAUAGUUUCCUGCAAAACCCUCAGAUCCCCACACCUAAUGCUCUGCAGAAAUCAAGGAUUUGCAGUUGCUGCUUCACAUUUUGGUCGAAGACUCAUCAGCAGUUCCAGAAUCUCACCAGGCCGAGAUGAUUCUGCAGUAUCUUACCUCAUUAGCUCAUGCGGGCUGUCCCCAGAAGCCGCCAUUAAAGCGUCCAACAAGGUAAAGCUUAAAUCUUUCGAGAAACCGGACUCUGUUUUAGCCCUUCUUAGAGAGUAUGAAUUCUCAGAUACCCAGAUAUUAACUCUUGUGCGAAGACACCCACAAGUUAUUUUAGCCGAUGCCCAGAAAACCCUUUUGCCAAAGCUAGAGUUUUUCUGCUCCAUAGGAAUCUCAAGACUCGACCUUGCAAAAACACUGGUUUACAACCCAUUACUUUUGAGCCGAAGCUUGAGAAACCAUUUCGUACCCGCUUAUACCUUCCUCAAGAAAGUGGUGAUCUCUGAUCUCAAGGUCGUCUCUAUACCAUAUGAGGUUCGUAUUCUUAUGAAAGGUCCUGAAUUCUUCAGUCAACUUGUGGUUGAAGUGCACCAAUUAGGAUUCGACCCCCAGUUAUGGUCGCAUUGUUUGGAAAAGAGACGACAUGGAAACGAUGUGAAGGCGUAUAGGAGUUGGGGUUGGUCGGAUGAUGAUAUUCGUUCUGCCUUGCGGUUGUGGCCACUCUGUAUGACCAAGUCUGAGAAGAAAAUAAUGGCAACAAUGGAUUUCCUUGUGAACAAGAUGGGAUUGCAAUCAGGAAAUAUUGCCGAGUGUCCAUAUAUAUUUCGUUACAGCUUGGAGAAGAGAAUCAUCCCUAGGUGUUCAGUUGUGAAAGUUUUGUUGUUGAGAGGAUUGAUAGAAGAAAAGAAGCUGAGUUUAUCUACUCUAUCUACGACUUCAGAGAAGUAUUUCUUGAACAGGUUCGUCACCAGAUAUCUCGACGAAGUUCCCCAAUUGUCGGAUAUGUACCAAGGAAAAGUUGAUAUAUGGAAGCCAGCAAGAUUCUAAGUAUUGACUCAUUCUGCCUAACAUUCACUUUGUUCGUUACUAUAUAACAAUGACCCUGUGUGAUUAUUUUCUCUCUUCUCAAGUCUGAACUUUGAAAAGUGGUUUCUAAUUUUUCAUGUUCCGUUAGACUGUUGAUUGGUAGCAAUUGAAUGAUUUCUGGGUUACCAUUGCUCCCUCCGCUAAUGUCCCUAGCUCAUUGGUUUUAAGGUCUUUCGAAGAUGUGAAAAACUCGAUGCUUAGUCUUCAGUCUUCAGUUUAUAGUUGAUGCAUCUCUCUGCUUACUGCUGGCUUCAGCCUGAAAAAUUCGAGUGGAAUUCGGAUCAACUAAAUCGAAAUUGUCCGUCUGAAAUUUGGAGUUUAGUUUCUCACUCAUUUUCUUUACCGUUAUUGUAUGAGAAGUUCGAACUUUCUUGUAGCUAUUGAUAACUAGCGGUUAGGAUGUGUGAUCUUGCCAUGUUAGAUGAAAGCUCAGAAAUUCA